UUAAAGUAAGUAUAGCUCCUUCUCUCUAUUUCCUCUUUCUUUCUUUUUCUCUCUCACCAAAAAGCCAAAACUCUGCCUAAAGUUUUUGUAACUCUUUUGUUUUUGGGGCUCUGAAGAAGAGAGAAAAUAGCUUACAUACAUAUAGAAAAUUCUCACUAUACACACACACACACACACACACACAUAGAAAGAGAGAGAGAUAUAUUUAUAGAGAGAUUUUAUAGUUUGUUGGGUAUUUUUGGAAAGUGGAAGGCCAUGGGCUGUUUCCCUUGUUCUGGUGAUUCAUCAUCAAUCAAGAAAAGAGAAAAAAAGAGAAUUCCACCACCCAAUAAUCAAUACAAAAAGGAUGAUCAAUCACAACCCAGUACAGAUAUAGUAAAGGCAAAUGAACAUAAAGUUGUGAAGAAAGAAGAGGCUAAAGAUGCAAGUCAAUCUACAACUAGGACAGAUGGAGAUUGUAGCAGCAUUUCCGGAGAAGGGGAAAAUGAUGGUAUUAAAAUUAAUGGAGUGAAUAAGGCGCGGGCGUUUAAAUUUGAUGAGCUGGUAGCUGCAACAGAAAAUUUCAAAGCAGCCUACUUCUUGGGUGAAGGAGGCUUUGGAAAAGUAUACAAAGGUCGUUUGGCAGAUACUGGUCAGAUUGUAGCCAUCAAACAGCUCAAUCCCGAUGGAUGUCAGGGGAAUAGGGAAUUCAUUGUGGAAGUACUCACGUUAAGUAUGGCUGACCACCCUAAUCUUGUCAAAUUAAUCGGUUAUUGUGUCGAGGGAGAUCAGAGGGUGCUGGUCUAUGAAUACAUGGCUCUUGGUUCAUUAGAAGACCAUUUACAUGACCCUUGGCCAGAUAAAAAACGGCUUGAUUGGAACACGAGAAUGAAGAUAGCUGCAGGUGCUGCAAGGGGCCUGGAAUAUUUGCAUGACAAAAUGAAACCGCCUGUUAUCUAUCGUGACUUGAAGGGCUCAAAUAUUCUGCUUGGGGAGGGGUACCAUCCAAAGUUAUCUGAUUUUGGAUUGGCUAAAGUGGGCCCCCUUGGAGACAAGACCCAUGUCUCUACCAGAGUGAUGGGCACAUACGGUUACUGUGCACCAGAUUAUGCUAUGACUGGCCAACUGACCUUCAAAUCAGAUAUCUACAGCUUUGGAGUUGUUCUUCUGGAGAUCAUCACGGGCAGGAAAGCUAUCGACAAUACAAAAUCUGCUGCUGAGCAAAACCUAGUUGCUUGGGCGCGACCACUCUUCAAAGAUCGGAAGAAAUUCCACCAGAUGGCAGAUCCAGUACUAGAAGGUCAUUAUCCAGUGAGGGGUUUAUACCAAGCACUUGCAAUUGCUGCAAUGUGUGUCCAGGAGCAACCUAAUAUGCGGCCACUCAUAGCCGAUAUUGUCACUGCUCUUAACUACCUUGCCUCCCAAAAGUAUGACCCCGAAACACAGCCUCCUUUCCAAGGAUCGCGUAAAAAUUCUCAAAGAUCAAGAUCGAUAGAUGAAGAUAAGAAACCCGUUAAUGUCGAUGGACAAUGACGGAACAUAGCUUAGAAGACUAAAAUUUAAGAACCAAAUUGGCUGCUACAUACACCAACAUGCCUUGUUAUCAAUUUUUGUGUCACAUGAUAACAGGUGCAGUUCAAAAUCUAACGUAAUAUAAACCAAAGUGCUCUCCUUUGGUAUUUGUCUUGUUUCUCUGGUGUAAAUGUAAGCACUAGUGUGUAGAUGCAAUAUAUAUGAUUGAAAGAUGUAGCAAAGAAAGAAAAGAUAAAAGUUAGGAAAAGUAGUAGAUGCUUCAUUAGCAAGAAGUAAGCAUCCAAUUGUUUGAAAUUUAACUUAGUUAAUGAAUCAGUCUGCCUGGCUUAUGGUCAAUCUUA